AGCGGCGAGCCAGCAGUCGUGAUUCUGAGGCCGUGGGGAGAGGUGCGUGCCGGUUAUUUGUGAACAAGGCCCGUGUGAGCCUGGUGGAAAGUGGGAAUCGGAAUCGAGUGUGAGAAAGAACGUGAGAGGAGGUGUGUAGUGACGAUAGUGAAGGAGAAAGAGGGUGCUGGAAGGAAGUGAUUUCUGGAGACGUCUGGAUAUUGGAUGGACAAGAUGAACGGCAGCAGCAACGGUAUGAACGGCGGCACGUGCGAGCCAGCCACCGACGAGAGGGCCUGGACGGUGGGCCUGCUCAGCGGCGGAAAAUACCUCACAGCUGAGACGUUCGGCUUCAAAAUCAACGCCAACGGCACCUCCCUGAAGAAGAAGCAGCUAUGGACAAUGCAGCCGACUGGAGAUGCCGGUCAGAUCUCACUGCGCUCCCAUCUGGGCAAAUACCUGGCCGUCGACUCCUUCGGCAACGUUACCUGCGAGUCUGAUGAACUGGAGGCGGGUGGCGUGUUUGAGAUCGCGCUCUCCACUGACGGAAGUGGCCGGUGGGCGCUCAAGAACGUGGAGCGGAAGUACUUCCUCGGCUCUGCCGGAGACAAGCUCGUCUGCAACGCCAAGGCGCCGGCGGAUUCCGAACUCUGGUAUGUCCAUCUAGCCGCACGACCUCAGGUCAAUCUGUACAGUCUGGGUCGGAAGCGGUUCGCGCACCUCUCCGAGGAUCAGGACGAGAUUCACGUGGACGCCAACAUCCCCUGGGGCGAGGACACGCUCUUCACAUUGGAGUUCCGUGACAACCACUACGCGUUGCACACGUGUAACAACCUCUACCUACAUCGCGAGGGAGGACUGCAGAGCUCGUGCGCCGAGGACUGCCUGUUCAGCAUCGAGUACCACAACGGCAGUCUGGCACUCCGGGACCGGGCGGGAAAGUACCUGUCACCGGUCGGGUCGAAGGCGCAGCUGAAAUCCCGCGGUAUUGCCGUCACCAAAGACGAGCUGUUCACACUGGAGAAUUCGCUGCCCCAGGCCUGCUUCUCGGCUGCCCUCAACGACCGAUACGUCAGCGUCAAACAAGGUAUUGACGUCACGGCCAACCAGGAGGAGGUGGAACAGACGGAGCGGUUCCUGCUCGAGUUCGACCCCGACACCCGGCGCUGGUACAUUCGUACCAUGCAGGACCGCUACUGGACCCUGGAGAGUUCCGGUGGCAUUCAGGCGGCCGCCGGGAAAAAAUCCUCCAACUCGUUGUUUGACCUGGUCUGGCAUGGUGACGGCUCCGUAUCGCUGAGAGCCAACAACGGCAAGUGUCUGUCCGCCAAAAAGUCGGGCCAUCUGUUCGCCAACUCGGAGGAGAACGAGGAGAAUGCCAAAUUCUACUUCUACUUGAUCAACAGGCCAAUUCUAGUGCUGAAGUGUGACCAGGGCUUUGUCGGCUACAAGAGCUCCUCCUCUACAAAGCUCGAAUGUAACAAGACCAACUACGAGACCGUGCACGUGGAGCGGGGCGACAAGGGACGCGUGUUCUUCAAAGGUCAGAAUGGGAAGUACUGGACCCCCGAGGACGGCAUCUCUGCCUCUGGCGACGUACCCCACCCGUUCUUCAUGGAGCUGCGCGAGCCCACCAGGAUGUGUAUCAAGGACGAGCAUGGGGGCUAUCUCUGCGCUCAGAAGAACGGCGCCUUCGCUCUGGAUAAUACCGAUGUGUCCGGAGCCACCUACUGGGAGUUUUAGAAUAAGGGCUUUCUCUGGGCACACAGUGCUGUGAUUGUGACAAAAAGGCAAUGUUUAAGGCCUUUGGGAAGGUUGGAAGAAAGCUUAAGGGAAGUUCCUCUUGGAGUGGUGCGUGUGUGGAGUGUCCACGUGCAGAAAUCUACGAAUUAUUUUGCUAGAUUUUGAACUCUGCGAGUUGUGAAUUUCGCUGGUGAUUCGGGAGCGAAAGUCAGGCUGUUGGCUUCUUUGUGAUCGGUGAGCUAAGACAGCCAGAUUACUUGAGUCACGCUGGAUUGACUAUAAAGAGGGUUUCUCGAGAGUAAAAAUGUCUUCCUCGUUGAAGACAACCUUUUGUAUCACACCGAUGUGGCUAAAAGCGUGCCAGACAGCGUGCUAUUCCUCCUGCUCAUAUGAUUAUCAGAAAGACAAUCGUUUUGAUGUUAUAAGACGCCUGAUUUCUUACAUUUGCUAGUGAGCGGGGAUCAAAUAAUGUCCAGCGUAUGAGUUCUAGGUGAGCCUGAAGUGAGCUCAGUGAGUCUGGAUGGAUUGGAAUGAGUUCCUGUUGAGUUCCGUUUGAGCUGGAGAGAGCAGUGUUUUUACGCGGUGAAAGAUGAUAUAAUGUAACACUGACUGAUUUCUCGACUGGAGAUGAAGCUCUAUUAUUUUGUCGGACUUGUGGUUUUGUCCUCUGCUUCUCGCCAAUACUGAUGAAUGGCAUCUGUGCAGAUAUUUAUGUGAAUAAACUGUGAGCUACUAAUCGA